AUGAACGGGGCGGCCAGCGCUGCUCUUCUCGAGCUGCCACAGGAGCUGUUGUGCCACAUUUUCUCCUACGUCGUUCAACCCGCUUCAGCAGCACCGACCAGGGACGCUGCAGCACUAAUGGUGGUGCGCGACCUCGGGGCCUGGUCCCUCACCUGCACAGCCUUCCACGCGCUCUGCAGCGCCGAGACCAAGUGUCGAUACCUGUGCCUGACCGCCAGCCCGGUCCUGUUCGGCCUCGGCCUCUCGCCCCUCUACUCUGCGCCGCAGCUCGCCCGUUCCAACUCCGAUUGUCGCUGGUGGCAGCUGCGCGCUCGGCUGCUGGUGGCCCGGCCUCACCGGCUCACGGGCCAGCGCGAGUUCCACCCGACCGUAGUCCGCGACCGUGCCCCCCGCCGGCUCGUGCGUGAAGCUGCGCAGUUGAUCCGCGAGGGCGUGUGCCUGAUUAAGAGCGGCGACAAUCGGCGCCUGGCCACGCAGCCGUUUGUCAGCUCGAGCCGCGAGACGCUGGCCGAGGCCUUUGCCGAGGUGGCGCGCGCCACUAGGGACCAGCCCCUCGCUUCGAUUGAAGAAGCAGAGGAAGAAAAGCGUUUCAUGGCGUCGGUCCUGUUCUGCGGCGUGGACUACUUCGAGGUGGUGGUCACGGCGAACGACGGCCCUGCUUCGGUUAGUCCGUCGGCAGUGGGCGUGAGCCAGGCCUUCUCGAGCCGGUGCCUGUUCGUUGGGCUCCGCAGCUCGCAGACCAGCGCUACCUUCGUACACAACAUGCUACCCAGCACCAGAGACAACAGGAGGGAGAUCAAGGGCGGUGAGGUGAUCGGCUGCGGUGUGGACUGGGAGUGCGGCCAGGUGUUUUUCGUGCGCAACCCCACGCACGAGGAUCCCAACACGACUGACGUCUUUGUGUGCUGUUUCGCGCUGGACCGGAAGGAGACCUAUCCCGCAGUCGGGGCUGGUUGUGUGUCCAACAUCAAUUUUGGCGACGAGCCCUUUGUGUUUGACGUCAAGACGUUCAUUGAGCGGAAGCGUGCCGGCCUGUUGGCGACCCUUCCACACCUGCGGCCCACUGGGAACUGGGAGGCCACUGCCUGCAGGCCUUGUUGA